GCCGACGAACGCGGUCGGUGAAGUUGGAAUAAAAUUUCCAUAUUCCAUGUGUUCUAGUAUUUAGUCUACAUACUACUUAUAUUUCGAAAAAAGUACUACUUUUACAUGUUUUUAUCGAAAAGCAAACCUUCAAAAUUGUGGAAAGUGAUUCAACUUGUAAAGCCGUUAGAAGCCAACCGACAAAAGUGAUAUAAGAAAAAAGUGAGGUUAAGUUUCAACAAAAUUUAGAAUGUGCACUCGAUAAAACUAUAAUUUGUAACGAAUAACUGAGAUAAUUUGGAGACAUGUCAACUUUUUGGAAAUUAUGUUCUCAGUUACAAGUAGUUAGGAAUAUCCUUCAACCAAGGUGUGAUUUAACAGAAAUAGCAGAAAGAGGAAUAAAAAGACUUAAUCAUCAACCAAGAAAACGUUUACCACCAUGGCUACCAAGACCGAAUCGUGUGCUUCACAAAGAAAACAUCACUUCAGAAAACAAGCAAUUUAUUCAAGAAGUAAUAAAAGACAAAUAUGCACAUAGUGCUACAAACCAUUUAUCACCACUUAAAAUUGAACCCAUCGAACCACAAAGCGAAUGGACACCGAAUUCCCGCCGGACUGGAGUUCUUGCGAAAAAAAUCGGCCUUUACCCUCUCUGGAUGAAAGACGGAAAAAAAGUUAUGACGACUCUCCUGCAGGUUGUUGAUAAUCACGUGAUUAAGUAUAUUUCACCGGAAGAUUAUGAACCCGUUAUAGGAAAAAAGAAGAUCCAAGUGAAGAAAAAAUUAGGUUGUAUUGUUGUUGGCGCGGAAUCUGCUGAUCCUCAAUACUUUACAAAAGAGUAUUACCGUACAUUCGAGAAUGCGGGUGUGAUGCCUAAAAGAACAUUAGGCAGAUUUACCGUGACUCCAAACGCAGCUUUACAACCAGGAACCCCACUCUUCGCUACUCACUACAAACCCGGACAGUUUGUUGACGUUAGAGGGAAAACGGUGGACCGGGGUUUUCAGGGAGUCAUGAAACGAUGGGGUUUCCAUGGAAUGCCUGCCACUCACGGUGUAACUAAAACUCACAGAAGACCCGGUAACAUUGGUUCAGGUGGACAAAAAGCUCGAGUUAUGCCCGGAACUAAAUUGCCCGGUCACAUGGGAAACGCGUAUCGAGUUUUGCGAGGUGUUAGGAUUUUAAGGAUCAAUACCAAAUACAAUGUUAUUUGGGUUCUUGGAAAAGGAAUACCAGGAGAAACGAAUUCAAUGGUACAAAUUUUUGACACUAUACUACCCUUGAAAAAGUUGCAAGAAGCACCCAGUUUCCCAACUUAUUUCCCCUCUGAGGAAGAACUGCCCGAAGAACUUCUGGUCGACGAUCUUCAGGAUUUCGGCAGUCCUACUAUUGAAUUCGAAGAAGCGAAUAAGUGAAUUGUAAAAAGUCAGUAAUAAGUGCAAGUUAUGUUUACGAAUAAAAUUCAGUUUUUCGAUAAAAGUUUUGAAUAAAAGCAAAUGUAAAGAUAUAAA